UUUACUGGAAUUUGCUCUAUAAUCUUUCAAGAAAGACCCGUAGAGACUUUAAUAUUACUUGUAACAUUAAUCCUUUCUCUGGUCAAAAUAUUGUCCAUUUUUUUUAUCUAGUCUCGCCUGCUUUUGGAAUGCAUCAUGAUAUCUUCCCAAAAAAUAAUCUAUCUCCAACCCUUUUAAAAUUCAUAGUUCUUACAAAAUUUCUUUGAUUUCAGGCCAAAAUGCAUUUCGCUUCAAUUUUUCUUUCGUCUGAUCAAUAAAUCUCUCGUUUUUACACCCAAAAAAAUAUCUCUCGUUUUUUCGAAUUUUUUUUAGAGUAUUCUGUAUUCACCAUAAAAGAUUUGAGUUAUUUAACUUAUUCACUGAAAACAAUUUAUCAACUCUUCAUUAAAUCUCCAAAAGGAGCCGAAAGCUUUGAGAAAAUUUAUAAUAAGUAAAAAGCUUUGAGAAAUGAAACCAGAGAAAUGGGAGGGAGAUUUUUUAUUUAUUUUUUAUUUAUUCAAUUUAUAAUGGUUCAGAAAAUAUUUGCCAUUCAUUUGGCUGUCGACUGGCAUAGCCCCGGAGCUGAAGAAAACCCUGCUGGAUAAAAGGAAAAUUUUCUGGUUCUCAGUUCAAAAAGCCUCUUCCUCUGUUCCCGCCGGCGGGUAACCACGGAGACGCUCCCAAUUGAUGGCGGUCUCAGCUUCUUUCUCGAUUAUAUCACCCGCCGCUUCAAUCACAACUGCCGCCGAUUCCACUUCCACCUCCUCCUACCCAUUGAAAUUGAAACCCAACCCUAUUAACAAACUCAAUCUUAUCUUCUCCCGUCCACUCAAUUCCGGUUCCCUCCGCAGCUCCCGAGCUUCAGCAAUCUCGGCCUCGUCCUCCGCCGCUGACUCCCCGUCCUCGCCUUACGAAGAUGGGUCACCGGAGAUGUUCCUCGAGAGCAAUUCGAUUGCCGAUUUCAUGAGGUUCAAGAGAGGGCCCGAUAGAGGGAGCGGCGAGUUGCAGACGGCGGUUGUCCGGUACCGGAAGCGGUUCCCUUGGUCUAUUCUCAGCCCUUUUCUUCAGGUUGAUUUGGUUUCCACCAUUCACAUUGCUGACAAAGAGUACUUCUCGGCCCUUCAAAAGGAGCUCGAGUCUUAUGACUGUGUCCUGUAUGAAAUGGUGGCCAGUAGAGAAAGUUUAGAGAACAGAAGAAACCCAACUGCUAUAAGAAGGCUGAAAGGCCCCAGGUCAAGAGGGUUUAACAUUUUAGGGUUCAUUCAGCGCCAAAUGGCUCGAAUUCUCACCCUUGAUUUCCAACUAGACUGUCUUGAUUAUGAAGCAGAGAAUUGGUAUCAUGCUGAUCUCGAUUUUGAGACUUUCAAACAACUUCAGCUUGAAAAGGGUGAAAGCUUGUUCACAUUUGCUAGAGACAUGACCCUUAAGUCGACAAAAGCCAUGCUUCAGCCCACUAUACCAGAUAAUCUCGGCCCUUUGCGAUCCAAGCUUCUAUGGGCAUCUCGGGUUCUUCCUAUGCCCCUCGUUGGCCUUUGCCUUAUUGGAACACUCUGCAAUGUGGGAAGUCCUGCUUCAGACUACUCUGAAGUAGAAGCCCUUUCGAGGCUCGAUUUUGGUGCUGCCAUGAAGGUGUUUCUUGCCAAGCGACUCACAUCCGAGUUCACCCAGGUGACGGCUGAUGUGGAGGAGAAGUCAGUGAUCAUCGGAGAGAGGAACAGAGUAGCUCUGGAAGCACUGAAGAGAGCAAUGGAUGACGGCCAAAACAAGAUUGCCAUACUGUACGGUGGAGGCCACAUGCCGGAUUUAGGACGGCGGCUGAGGGAAGAAUUCGAUUUGGUUCCCUCAAGAGUCCAGUGGAUAACCGCAUGGUCGAUCGAGAACCGCGAUGUAAAGACCAAUUCCCUUCCAUUCCUGAAGACAAUGGCUGAAGUUUCAGGAUGGCCGUUGAACCGGUACCAAACUCUGGCAUUGCUCAUAUUCUCAACGGUCCUGGCCGUGGAUCUCUGGUUCUGGGAGCUCUUCUUUGGCUCUUCAGUGAAUUUCGUGUCCCAAGUUGCCGAGUCGGUCAACGAAUAUGUUGGCCAAUACCUGGUGUGAGAAUCAGAAUAUCCACAGUGCAGACCCUGUCUUCUUCUUCAUUUACUUUCUCUUUAUUGUUGAUAUCGAUUCAUCCAACUGGAUACACAAAUAGUGUGUACAUAUCUCAAACCCUGUUGAUAGACUGAAAUAUUUAUUUUCUCCCGAGCAUUUGAACUGCAAACUAGAAAGCGUUUCUAUUGAUUGAUGUCCAAAGUUACAGCAGCUGGAAGAUAUGAAAACUGUAGAAAAGUAGAUUGUCUUCUCACGAUUUUGCAGGCUUCCUACCUCCGCUUGGUCUUCUCAUUCCAAUGUUCUGACGAAAAAUUGAUCGCAGCAAAUUAUAAGAUGCAGAAAACAGAGAUUGCUAAAUAUGUAGAAAUAAGUGUAAACAUUUCCAGAGGCGAGCGACAGCUCUUCUGGAUGUGGAUGCAGAGACUGCGUCUCUUAUGCCUCUUCUUCCAGAAGCUCGCUGCUACUUUAUUCUGCCAAACAACGCACAAAGUUCAGAGCUUUUCCUUACUCGAAUGGAAACAAAGAUGAAGGCGCAGCACAAAGUUCAGAGCUUUUCCUUGCUCGAAUUGUGUGGCUUGUGUAUCCUAACAAGAUACUAACGCUGGACAAUUUGAAGAAAAGGGGUUGGAGUUUGGCUAACAGGUGCUGUUUAUGUUCAAGGGAAGGGGAAUCUGUUUGGCACAUGUUUGUGGGGUGCACUUUUGUGAAGGAUUUAUGGGGACUCAUCUAUUGUAACAGUAGAAGACCAGGAGAAGAGGGAAGGGAUGUUGCCACUGUGAUUAAGUCGUGGCCUGGGCAGCAGGAUACUCGCUCGGAUGGAGACUAAGAAAUGGUUUUCCUCGUGUGUGUUACAUGCGGUGUGGUGGUGUACAUGGCUGGAAAGGAAUCAGAGGGUGUUCGAAGAUAAGGUUUUGCCGGUGUCGGUGGUGGCCAAGAAAACUGCUAAAAGCGCGAUGGAGUGGGUAGUGGCACAUGGCAAAGUACAGGGGGCUUCGGGGUCGAGAUGGCUUAGAGAAAAUGGAAUCAUCUGAAUGCAUACGAUCAUGAGGAGGUAAAGGGUUUGGAUGCAGGUGAGGAGGGUGGCAUUUGAGUGUAGAGAGGCAUAUGCGAAUGGGAGUGAGAGGUCAACGUUGCUGCCACGAUUUAGUUGCUGCUAUAUAGCUUCCAGCUGCAGUAGUGGUGUGCUGGUGAGGGGUCGGACAGGUUGAAGACCGAUUUCAAGCCGAAUUUGCAGACAUCCAUCAUACUCUUGUCCGGGUGGAAGUCUGCUGAGGAAGCAGAGCCGUACAAUCUGUUCUUCCGUGUGUUUUAUUGGUAGAAUGACCUGCGUAGUUCGUGGAAAUUGUACCUGAGAAUGAUGGAUGCUUGUUGCCUGCCAAACACACAGUCAUGUAUGUUCCUUAUCAGGUUGUGUCGGAGGCACGAGAGGGUUGACUUGGCACUAAAGUUGUGGGGUGACA